AUGCAGCAGUCUCCUAAUAAUGUGGCUCCCAACACCAAACACCCACCACCUUCCUUGGUCCGUGCUGGAGCUAGAGCCAACUGGUUCCGCUCCGGCCACCUCGCCAUGAUCUCCGGCCAAUCACGUCGAACCCGCCGUGUGAAGGCCCUUGCCGUCCCUGCGUCUGGCUCCCGGGACGUCUGCAGCGACAACAUCAGCCAAGAAAUAAAACCAAGUUCAAUUAGGGCGGACAAGUUCUUCCAAGUGGAGAUGACCGUUCGUGACAACGAUCUUGACCAGUAUGGAGUCGUUAACAACGCCAUUUAUGUCGCUUAUAUCCACAACGCUCGAGAGGAGCUGGCUGCGAGCAUUGGCUUCAGCAUGGCCUCCGUAGCACGCACAGGCAACGCGAUGGCACUCUUGGAACUGAACCUCAAGUACUUCAAGCCUCUACUGCAAGGCGCCAAAUUUGUCGUCAAGGUUAGGGUUGUCCAGAUAAAGGGUGCGAGGAUACUUGUUGAACAUUUCAUCGAGACACUACCGGGUCAUGAGCUUAUUUUGGAAGCGACGGCGACCGUCGUCUGCCUCAACAAGGACUACCGUCCGACCCGCGUCUUCCCGGAGAUGUCAUCCAAGCUGCAGCAAUUCUUCUCAACCCGGGACGGCUAG